AUGUCGCAAAAGUCCGAAUCCCCUAACAUUUCUCAACUCACGCAGCAAUUCAAUGACCUAGGCAUCCAAGGGGGAUUGGAGGAUAACUUUGACGAAGUCCGUCCUGGCGAUCCGAUUUCUUUGCUUCGGGGUAUCCGUCCGGUAACUUGUGCACAUGUUUCCAGUGCGCAACCCGUCACCGUCAGGAGCGGCGACAAGGAAGAAACAGCGUACAUCCUCGGCAAGAAGCCCUUCAAGCAUGUUGAUAUAGUCGCCAACAUCUUCGAUGUUGAGAAGGCUUCCAAUGGGCAGAUUGUCUACACCCUAAGCGACGAAACAGGGCAGGUGAAGGCCAGGGCAUGGGCCAGUGAAUACUUCAGAUACGUCAAUCCUUCCAGCCACCUGGAAUACGUUCGGGUGACAGGCGAACUUGAAACGUACAAUAAACGAAACAGUAUUCGAAUCAAGCAGAUCAGGGUGCUCGAAAACCCUCACGAGGUGUACCACCACCUACUCUCCAUACUCUUCUACAUUCAAGGCCGAUCUCUGACCGCAACCCAUACUAUCCCACAAGGACAGUCUCACACAGCAAAUAAUCGGGUUCCCAAACCUGCCUCUGCACAAGUGCCAAGGAACGAAAGACCACCUCCCAUUGACAACACCCCAGAGCCUCCCUCAUUUGCUGUAAGAGAAGCGGAGGAAGCCGACCACUCCUCGGACGACCAGUUCUUCUCGGAUGAGGGGGAGGACUGGGCCUCCAUUCUGAGCUCAGGGCCGGUUUCCUCGGGGCCCGCACAAACCCGGGGUCAAAUAAACCAUCCCAACAGCCCCAAGCAUCCACGGCAGGUCGGAGGGCAAUCCGUGCGAUCCCCUCGUCCAGAGGGACGCCAUGUCGCUCCUACACCCCCUCCGACUAUGGAAAGGUAUAACCAGACACGCCAAAGACAUCCGUCGCAUGCCGAAAGCCCAAGAUCCUCCACCACGCGGACGAGACCGCAGCCAUUAGUCACAUCCGAAUCACCAAGUGUUGGGGCGACACAGGGACGAAAAGCAUCGGGGAGGUUCAAAGCCCCAAGGGAAACAAAAAUGUCAGAAAUGCAAAAAUCCAUCCUCGUCCACCUUACGUGCCAUGCAGGCCGCGAAGAUGGAUGUCACGUUUCCGAGAUCGUGGAGGAUAUCUUCAAACAGUACCAACGCAAGGGCAUGACCGUCAACUUCAAGCCCAUCUUCAUUUCGGCGCUUGACGCGCUCGCAAGGGACGGAUACAUCUACACGACCAUCGACGACGAACACUAUACACGAAACUUUGAUACAUCCGAUUAG